AUGAGGCCGUCCCCCAUCCUGCAGGUGCUCAAGUACAAGCACCUGCGCCUGACGACAAAGGACGUCAAUAAGGGCUUCUACAAGGGAAACCGCACGGGGGCCAUGGGUCGGCACACCAAGUUUGGUGGAUACGUCAUCGAGUGGCACAAGGUGCGGACGUACGUCGUGCCAGAGGGCUUGAACAGCACCAAGCUCACGCCCUUCGUCUCCGAAGCCAUCCGCCCCGUGAAGGGAACGUACUCCACGAAAGGGGGUCCUCGCGACCCCCAACUCUACCUCGACACCUGGAAGCUGCAGAACGGCGUCGACUAA